AUGGCAGGAAGUGAGGGCAUGGGCCAGCAGUGGGCAGCUAACACCAGUGGCAUUGUGGGCCUGGGAGUUCCCAGCAGUGUGUACAUUGUCCACACAGAGUUCCCAGCAGUCAGUGUGUACAUUGUCCACACAGAGUUCCCAGCAGUCAGCGUGUACAUUGUCCACACAGAGUUCCCAGCAGUCAGCGUGUACAUUGUCCACACAGAGUUCCCAGCAGUCAGCGUGUACAUUGUUCACACAGAGUUCCCAGCAGUCAACGUGUACAUUGUCCACACAGAGUUCCCAGCAGUCGAAUCAACAGAAACUCUCUCUGAUGAUCAGGACUUUGGUAAUCCAAGGACGUAUGAUCCAGAUUUCCAGGGACCCACUGCCGACAGGAGUUGUACGGAUGUUCUGUGCUGCAUAAUCUUCAUACUGUUUGUUGUGGGCUACAUUGUGUUAGGACUCGUGGCUUGGACACAUGGUGACCCCAGGAGAGUGGCCUAUCCUACAGACAGCCAGGGACACUUUUGUGGCCAGAAGGGAACCCCCAAUGAGAACAAGACUGUUUUGCUUUACUUUAACCUGUUCAGGUGUACCAGCUCCUCCGUGGUGUUCCGGCUCCAGUGCCCUACUACACAGAUCUGCGUCUCCAGAUGCCCAGAGAAAUUUCUAACCUAUGUGGAAAUGCAGUUUUUGAACAAAGAAGACAAAAGCCACUGGGAAUACUAUCGCCAGUUCUGCAAGGCCACGGCCAGGCCUGCAAAGUCUCUCUCAGAUCUUCUGUCCCAUGGCGACUGUCCUCCGGCAAUCUAUCCAAGCAGACCCUUUCUGCAGAGAUGCAUGCCUGACUUCUCGACCAUCAACGGAGUCUUAACAGUAGGAAGCAGGAUGCAGGUUGAAGACGGAACUGGGAGGACCAGAAAUAUCGUAGAGCUCAGGGAGGCUGCAGUUGGCAUCAGUAAAAUUUUUGAUGCCAGGACAAUCGGACUGAAGUUGUUUGAAGACUACGCAACCUCGUGGAAAUGGAUCCUCACUGGCCUGACCAUCGCCAUGGUGCUGAGCUGGAGUUUUCUGAUACUCCUGAGGUACAUAGCUGGAUUCCUCUUCUGGGUCUUCAUGUUUGGCGUGCUUGGAAUUAUAGGAUAUGGCAUAUGGUACUGUUAUCUGGAGUACCAGGGCCUCCAGCAGAGACCGCAGUCCACCAUCCUGAUAUACGACUUGGGAGUUCAGACCAGCAUAAACAUGUUCUUUCAGCUGAAGCAGACGUGGUUCUCGAUGAUGAUCAUCUUGUCCGUCAUCGAGGCCGUCCUCGUCAUCGUGCUGAUCUUCCUCAGAAGUCGAAUCCGAGUAGCCAUCAUCAUGCUGAAGGAAGGAAGCAAGGCCAUCAGCUACAUCCCCAGCACGCUGAUGUACCCGGUUUUAACUUUCAUCUUGCUGUCCAUCUGUAUUUCCUACUGGGCGGUGACAGCCGUUUUCUUGGCUACAUCAGGGGUACCAAUAUUCAAAGUCAUGGUCCCAGAGGGGAAAUGCAUCUAUGAAGAUGAAACUUGUGACCCAGAUAUUUUCCCUGAAACUAACAUUCCCAAAGUCUGCCCUGGGGCAUCCUGUAACUUCGCUUCCUACAGUGGAAAGAAUGAGUAUCUCAAUUACAUCAUGAUCUUCCAGAUGUACAACCUCUUUGCCUUCCUCUGGCUUAUAAACUUUGUCAUUGCGUUGGGUCAGUGCACCCUCGCGGGGGCCUUCGCGUCAUACUACUGGGCCAUGAGGAAACCCGAGGACAUCCCGAAAUACCCGCUCUUCAUUGCCUUCGGACGAGCCGUGCGAUACCACACGGGGUCCCUGGCCUUCGGAUCUUUGAUCCUCGCAUCAGUCCAGAUGUUCAAAGUGAUCUUAGAGUACCUGGACAGGCGGCUGAAAAAGGCACAGAACAGCGUUUCCAAGUUCCUCCAGUGCUGCCUGCGGUGCUGUUUCUGGUGUUUGGAAAAGAUGGUGAAGUUUUUAAACAGAAAUGCCUAUAUCAUGAUCGCAUUAUAUGGCAAAAAUUUCUGUGAGUCAACAAAAGAUGCUUUCUAUCUGCUCAUGAGAAACAUUUUGAAAGUCGCAGUAACAGAUGAAGUCACACACUUUGUGUUACUCCUGGGGAAAAUUCUAGUGUCUGGGAUUGUAGGUAUCCUGGCCUUCCUACUCUUCACAGAGAGGCUGGAAAGGAUUGUAGAAGGGCCGACGACUUUAAAUUACUACUGGGUACCUUUCCUGACUCUGGUGGUUGGAUCUUACCUGAUUGCUCAUGGGUGCUUCAGCGUCUACUCAAUGUGUGUUGAGACCAUUUUCGUCUGCUUCUGUGAAGAUGUGGAGAGAAACGACGGCUCGGCAGAGAAACCUUACUUUGUAACCCCCAGCCUGCACAGGAUUCUCACCAAGAAGCGCCCAGGUUCCCGGAGACAGACAGAGUAGAAAAGCUCCAAGCAGGAGCUUUGUGGAUUAGGUUGAUUGCAAUGUGAAAACGCUGCUUUGGAGCAGGGUGCAAAUUCUGUGCUGUUUCUGAAAAGGCUGCAGUUGGUGCCACUGGGGGGAGCAGGCGUUUGACAGUGGCCUAACGUUCUUUCUAGACUGUGGUCCCAACUGCAGAAACCUGCAGCUGACAAUGUUUUACUAACUUUUAUAACUUUGCUAGCCUUUCGUUUUUAUAGGUGUAUAUUUGUAAAGGAUAUUCAGGCAAUUUUUCUACAACACUAUAAGUGCGUGAUCGAUUAGCCAUAAAUGUACCGAGUUGUAGUUGACCGGUAUGUGGUACUAAAUUUGUAAAUAUGGUGCUAUGGUUAUAGUUACUGUUUAAGCUGGUGAACAGCUCUCUAAACUGUGAUUCAGCUUAUAAUCCUGGUUCCCUAGAAAGCAUAUUUCAGUCUGGUGAGUCCAUGACAAGUCAUGUGAAGCGCAGGUCCCCUGGGUUCUACCGCUAGCAUUGCUGCAGAUGACGUGAACCUGUGGCCCUGUGGUCCAUCUGUUUCAGAAACACAAGACUCAUAACUGGGGUCAAAUCUAGGUUUGGGGAUAUCAUUUCCAUUACUAUGAGCCUUUGGCUACCCUGAGAAUAUUCUGAAAGAGCAGAAAUGGCUACCUCGUUCAUCUCUUGCCUUUUGCCCGAGUUUCCAGUCAUGUAGAAGGCCUUUGGACUCUCCUCUUCAUGGGUACAUGCCUGAGCUCAUGUGACUACAUUCUGCAGAAGGUCUGAGUUCAACUUUCAGUGAGGGAAGUACGCUGAUGGGUCCCUUCAGAUUUUAUUCUAAGGAAAUGAAUGGACCAGUGGCCUUCUAUCAAGUAUGGCAUCUGAUACUUUCAAGGGUGUGCUUGGUUCAAAUUGGAAAAUCUCCUCCCCACACCACACCCCCAGGGCUUAGAGAGGGAGCUGGUUUAUUGUGGCUGUGCCUAAAUGUCACACAGUGAACUGGACCCAUACACCUGUCUGCUCUUUCCUGUGUGAGGAGGGGACUGAUGGGCCACAUGGCUAAUUAAAGCCCCUCCAAAGAGCACAGGACUAAUCAGUGCCCUUUUGGUUUUGAUGCUAAACUCAUGUCAGAUUGUCUAUAUAUUAAUAAUGAAAUGUGUGGAUAUCAAUACGGCCCUCACACUUGAGAGUCGGAAAUAUAUCCUUGAGUUAUGAGUUAAUAUAAAUGCUAAUUUAUUUAAUAAUCCUGAAGUGUGUGGAUCUAGAUUUAGAACUGUUUUAUUGAGACUUCCUAUGGAGAGCCAAUUGUUCCAGAAGGUUUUCAGUGUGUCGUCUACAUGACAGCCAGCGGCUUGUGCUUGGUCUACUUUAUUGAGGUUGUUCAGUCUCAAAUGUCACUUGGAAAAGAGCCUUCUUUCUUUCCUUGAUAAGGUAGAAAAAGUGAUCUCUUAUUUUUUUUCUUGAAUUUAGUAGUAUUUUGUUUUCAGCCAUGCAAGGACCUCAACAAAUACCUUAAGAAUGUGACAUUUACCAGUGAAGCUGCAGCCGCAGGUGUCUCUUGUCUGGACGUGGGUGUCUCUCUGGAUUGUGAUAAGAUACUUGAUCCAGCUACACACAAAAAUUAGCGAUAGAUCAGAUGCGAGAAACUAGCCGUCGUUUUGCUGUAUUGUGGUGUAUUCCCCAGAAAAAUAGUCUCUGUUUAUUACUACUGUACUUAAAAUGUGUAGAGUAAAAUGAAUGUUGUUUCUGAGAAGAAUUUUAGAAGCCAUUUUCAUAUACAGCAAUUAAAGUUUUUAAAACACAGAGCAAUAUUUUCAGAACUGUCCGUGGAAGAUUUGAAAUUAAUUGUAAAGACCACUUUGUCAAGGUUUUACAUUCUAAGUUGUCAUUGGAAAAACAAAGGCAAUUUGGAAACACUGUAAUUUAGAGAGUAAAUUUGGGUGGGGAGUAAACGUUUCCUCAGUCAUUCCAUGGAAAGGCUUGGACUUUCGCCAGAACUGACCUGGGACACGAUGUAUUAACAAGGGCUGAUUGUUCUCCAUAGCUGUUUACAAUGAUGCUGAUGGCCUCUAAAAAAAAAACCGAUGUUUGGCGUUGCUGUGCAGAGGGUGGGCAGCAGGUGGCGAUGUUGCUCCUCCCACCGCUUUGCUGCGCUAUUGACUCUCUGCCCUCCUCCCUCCUAGUGGAAGACUUAGAAAGAAACGAAGGCUCUCCUUCCAGACCCUAUUUCGUGACUCCGACCCUAAUGAAACUUUUGAUGGAGCACAAAACGGAUAAGAAGCAUUAGGAGAGCCAGCUGGGCACCCGCCACCUGCGUCACCUCCUGCUCUGUCACCUCCUGUUCCGCUGGGUCCAUCCGACACUCCUUGCACAGUGCUUUGGUCGGGGACAUCUGUAUCCACGGCCUUGCUGCUUGCGUUCCGCAUCUUAUACCAAAGCCCACACUGUAACCUGUGAAGCCAUCAGAAGCCGCAAGGGGAUUGUUAAUAACAUGCAACAUUUUUAUACUAA